AUGAAAAAAGCUGCUACGGAGAAUAACCCCAGCGCAUCUGUCGCAAGUGACAUUUGCGCUUUGUUCACUGCUUUACAAAAUGAAAAGAGCAAGAAGGGUAUUUUGACUAACCUGACCAAAUUAUUUCUUCUCUUGUACAAUGAACGGAUGAAGCAGAAAUUAUUGUAUGGUUGUUCAGUGGAGGAGGACACGCGUUGUAGUGGUGACGAACAGGACAACGCUAGUUUGAGAAGAAUCUUCAAAAAUGAUCUGAUCAUACUGGACACUGGCAAGAAGGAUUACACAAAAUACGAUUUGUGGCUAAAUGAGUGUUACGAUAAAUUUUUAAAUAUGCUCUUUGAGUUACUUAGCCAUAGUGAUGAAGUUCUUGUAACAAAAAGUUUGUCUCUUCUAUUUGGUAGUCUCCAAUUUGAAGCCAAAAUAUAUGAUAAAAUAAUUAGCGCAAUGGGAAAGGGAGCUAGCCAAGUGGGGACCAACCAUCCAAGUGGCACUCCUCAGACUGAAACUCAUAACGCCAGUCAUUGGGGUGCAGAUGGCAGACCCAUGUUUAUACAACAAAACGACAUGCAAAGUAAUUGUAAGAAAGCCUUUCCCAUUAAACUGUUUAGAAAAAUAAUUUUCCAGUUGUUGAAAAUUGAUCAAAUUAGUAUCAACACGAUAAAAUAUAUUUGUAAAAUAUACUUAUGUUUUUAUUACGAUUUAAACUAUUAUUUUUUGUCCAUUUUGAAAGCCUUUUGCAUUUUGAGAAAGGGCCUCCGGGAUGACAAGUUCUACGGAGAUGAAGAUGCGGGCGGCCAGGAUGAUUUGUCAGCAGCGAAAGCACGCAAUGGAGGAUGCACCGGCAAAGAGCAAGUGGGACGAGGAGAUAAAGACAUGUUGAGAGAUAACCCAAAUACAAACCUCUUAAUAUUUAGCAUUUUAAUUAACUCUAUAAAACCAGAAAAGAAAAUUAAAGACACCCAAAUUAGGAAGAAAGAUUAUUUGAAGAGAAGCAGAAUUGACGAAUUGUUCUUCGAUCUAAAUGACGAGGAGUUGGGAGGACUGGCGAACAGAAAGAAAACACGUGUCUCCAGAAGGAAGGAGGAGACAAUGCCAUAUGACAAGGAGGAAAUGAAGAAAACGUUUAACAAUUAUGACACAGAUGAUAGCAUUGUGCACUCGUCUGGUGAAGAAUCCGAUGGUGCAUCUUCCCUCAAGGGGGACAGCAGCAUGGGUGAAAGCGACACAGAACAGGAGGCCAAUUUUUUACACAACGCGAACCUAAUGCACCGUGCAAAUUUCAGUGAUGAAGACUUUGACAUUGAUCAAGUAGAAGAUUAUGUCAUUAGUCCUAAGAGAAAGAAAAAAAUAGAACUGAAAUUGAAAAAUAGAAAACAAAAUUUAUUUAUAAGUGAAAAUGUAGAUAAAAGAAUUUACGCCAGAUUAUAUGCGAGUUGCUGGUUCUAUUUUAUAACCUCCUUUAACCACAGCCAUUCGAUGGUUCUCCAGUUGCUACAUUCUAUACCACUGUUUGUCUUUCCAUACACAAAUAAUCCUUACUACCUUGUCGACUUUUUCAACUACUCCUUUUACACCUCCGGUGGUUUGUACACAUCACUGGCUGCGCUUCCAGGCAUAUUUCACAUCCUCACUGAGUUAAACGUAGGGGAUUUGCUUCAAGUGGGGGGAUCAGAUAGCAGGUCCAUGGAUACUAUUGACAGAAUUAAUGAAGAGCUGGACGAGGCAGACAGCGAUGAGGAGGGAGAAGAAACAAAAGAAGAACCAAGCGAACAUGAAACUGCCCCCCAACAAAAUCACACAGACGAAGGGGACAACAAACUCAACGAUAAUAUGUACACGGAUUAUUACAAGAGGCUAUUUGAGCUGAUAACACCAGCGAGCUUCUACUACGCCGGCACGAGCUUCUUAAAGAUAAUUCAUGCUUCUAUAAAAAACCAAAUGAUCCCAUUGCACUACGUCAUAUCCUUUUUGAAGAAGCUUCUGAGAGUAGCCUGCCUGACCUCCUAUAACGUCUCCAUAAACAUCCUGAGCGUGGUGUACGAUUCGAUGAGUUAUUUCCAGAACGAAUUGAAAGACGCCAUGUCCCUUUCCGCUUCUGUUUUUAUGAACCUAGAAAUUAAGAAGGAUUUAUUUUGCUAUGAAGAUUUGGGGAAAAAUUUUGAAAAAAAAAAAAUCCUCGAAAUGUUCAGGGGAAAUUGUAACACUUUGCGCGGUGAAGAUGGAAAUGCACAAGGCAAUGUGGAUGGCACUGCAGAGGCGGAGGACGAGGUAGAUAACCCUCUGUGCGAGGAACUGCGCGUAACGGAGAAGGACAUCACCCCGCUGCAAGCCACCGAUGAGACGCUGCAACUCAGUUCGACCAAAAAGUUGUUCAGCCUGCAGGAGUGCCUGCCAAACAAGUACCAAAUAAACAUUAACACUCUGAACAAAAAGGAGAUAUACAUGGCCAACCACAUAUUUUACGAAAUUAUUUUGCUCAACAAUCAUUUGUGCGAGAAUUUAAAGCAAUACUCGAAUGUGUAUCACUAUAGCUUUGGCAGCGAUUCGUUUGCCAAGCCGCAAACUUUUUACACGAACCCAAAUAAGUUGAAUUUCCAGAUGGAGAGUUCUCUUUUUGGCUUCUUAAAGAAUUUUUUGAGUUUUAAAAAGAGGAAAGAGGCAGAUAUAGUGCCUUCUGUGAAGCCGAAAAGGUUCUCGACGGUCUUCCUGUGA